CAAUUUGGCAAUAUCUUUGUGAUGUGGCAUAAUAAUAAAAUUAAACAAUACCAGUUGUUAUUCGUCUGUCUGCGUUGCUAGAAAUACUUUGGUUUUGUUGCAGUUUGUUGCAAAGUUCUUGUCAUUAUUUUUUAAAGUGGUGUAUGGUGUAGCAACCCUGUUUUCAUUUCGCGAGAUUUCGUUUCAAUUUUCAAUCCAAGUUUCAAUCUUUAGAAGUACAAGUACUGUAUCUUUUUUAUUAUAAUUAUAUACUCUUUGGCACUCUGGUCUGAACUGGAAUAAUGGCGGCUAUGUCCCCGUCGGAGCGGAGAUUACAGAAAGAGCUUAUGGCUCUGAUGAAAGAACCUCCAGCAGGUGUUACAGUCGACGGAGACCAGGCUAGUCAAAAUCUAACAUUAUGGACAAUUCACAUGGAAGGAGUUCCCGGUACAUUAUAUGAGGGAGAAAAAUUUGUACUUCAGUUUAAAUUUACAAAUAAAUAUCCAUUUGAUUCACCAGAGGUGACGUUUAUCGGCAACAAUAUCCCUGUGCAUCCUCACGUGUACUCUAACGGACAUAUCUGCCUGUCAAUCUUGACGGACGACUGGUCGCCCGCGCUCUCCGUGCAGUCCGUCUGCCUCUCCAUCGUCUCCAUGCUUAGCAGUUGCAAGGAAAAGAAACGACCGCCUGAUAAUUCCUUUUACGUCAAAACGUGCAGUAAAAAUCCUAAGAAAACGAAAUGGUGGUAUCAUGACGAUUCAGUGUAAACCUCAAGGCGGCGCUGCUGUUUCGAGCAAUGGACGUUAAAAUCUCAAUAUGUGAUAAGAGUUACGAUACAAAAAGGUUUAACAUGAAAUGUUAUGUAUAUACUGUGUGUGUGCGACCGCGCCCCCGCCCCCGCCCCCCGCCACGCGGACACCGGCCUGCAUAGAUUAUCAUCCCCUACAGCCGGCCGCUUUUGUAUUAUCUAGCUACAUUUAAAAACACAUUUACAGAUUUGACCUUGAAAUUACAACCUACGUUAAAUCUACUCUAAAAUCAGUAAUAAAUGUUUAAUUUAUAGAAACAGUGUGAGUAAGAAACGGUUCGAAAAAACUAUAUACAUUGUCUAUAAAAGUUGAAACAGACUAUGUAAAUGUUUUUUAAUCUAUGACAUUAGUUACGUUUAGAAAUUGAAUGAUCUCAAUGUUUUGCCAUCGAAAUUUAAAAAAAAAAACGAAAUUACAUUUAACUAAAAAGCUUCUACCGUCCAUUUUUGUAUCCUUUGACAUUAAAUAGAAAAAUCUAGAAUAUCUCAUGAAAGAUAACAAAAUAUUUGACAUUACAUAGUGUUGCCAUAUAACAUUUGUAGUUUUUAAAGCAUAGAUACACUAGUUUCAUUUCAAAUCGCACAAACUGUUUUUUUUUUUUACAAAGGCGGCCGGUUUGUACGGGCUCGGUUUUUACUGUGCUAAAUUAUGAAAUACAUUGUAAGUAGCGUAAUAGGUUAUAAAUAAAAUGGUACUGCUUAUCUUAUACUUACGAAUAAAUUAUCAGUCGACUUAUUUGUAUAUAUAAUUUUUAUAGAUUUAUUUGUUUGUCGUAUUUUUUCUUAAACAUCGAUGUUUUUGUAUCGAUUUAUUAAUUUAAUCAAUUUGUAAUCCUCACAUUUAUCACAAAUUUAGGUAAAUGCGUAUUAUGUACACCAAAUUGUUAAAUUUAUGGACACUAAGUUUGCCUAAGGCAUUGCUUUGUUACGUUAAUGACUGGUAUUACUAAAAUUUUCGCAUUUAUGUGCUGCAAAUGCAUAUUUACUGUUCAAGUCAGUUUUAAAUGUAUUAUAAUAUAAUUACUUGCAAAUAAAAAGACAAAUGUAAGAUUUACAGACAUAAAAUCAACCAUUCUAAGUUGCAUAUAACUAUUUUUUUUUUUAACUGGGAUGGAAUGUUCCUAAAAAAGGUUUAUAACCCAUAAAUAUUUGCCACAAAAAUGCUGUAGAAAACUCGCUAUAAUUAGUAAAUUCCGAAAUAUUUCAUCUUUUCCAAUUUUUUUUUUCAACUGAUAUGUUGAAAAAGUAAUCUUUAAUUAGUUCGUCUUUCGAGAGACUGGAACUGAAUCUUAUGACAAGAUUUUUUUUUAAUAACUAUAUGAAAAAUAUUUGGAUUUUUAGUGAUGAUUUUUUAGUUUCAUCCCAGAUUUAAAAAUAUUUCAUUUUAUGGUCGAAAUCUUCCACUGUAAUAUCCUCAUAUUUUUGACCGACUUCCCAAAAGAAGUAGGUACAUUCAUCUGUAUGUUUUUUUAUAUUGUGUUUAAUUUGAAAAAUUAUUUCUACAAAACUGUAAAUUUGAAAUGUUUAGAAUUUCACUGCCGUGAGUUUUAAUAUUGCUGUUGUCAAAGUGAAUGUAAGAUGCAAUAUGUAUUUAAAAUGUCGCAAUGGAAAACUAUUUUUUACUUCAUUUGUGCCAGUAUUCUUGUGGCUUAUGUACUUGUAUAAAAUGAUUUAUGUAAAUUAUUGUUUUAUUUCUAAAAACUGCUAUAAACAUAGGAUAAUUGUACACUAUAUGUAUUAAAAGAUAAUUCUUCAGUUUUUUAGUCGGGUAAGUCUUCAAUGUGGGCAAGUUUUAAAGAUUACAGGGUGUCCCAAAAAGUGCAAUUUUAAAAAAUGAAUUGAAUUGCGUUCGAACUCUUUUAAAGAAUGAAUCUUGGACAAGAAAAAGGAAUAUUUGAUGAAAAUGAUUCUACAAGUACAAUUAUGUUUUCCAUCAUACAAUUAGAAAAUGGCUUCAAAUUAACACCUUUGACACAUUCCUUUAAUCUUCAUGUGAACAUUUUUUGUUUUAUUGUAACAAUUAAUCUGUAGCUGAUUGUCGUUUCAAUCCAUUUCAUGCUUUAUUUAUUAAAAUAAAAUAGUCUUAACAUAGUCUGUGUCA